GUGUGUGUGUGUGUGUGUGUGUCGAUAGCUGUCUUUCUCUCAGUGACGACAUGGGAGCGACAACAGGAGAGUAGAACCCCGAGAAAAGACAAAGAGAGAGAGAGAGAGGAAGAGAGACGGACAGAAAGUGAGACGGAGAGAGAGAGAGAGAGAGAGAGAGCGACUUGUCCUUCAGCAGCAUGACAUCUGCUGCCCCACAAAAGAGGAUGGUGUCCUCUGUCUUCAUCACUCUGACGUCUCCGUACAGAGCCACGGUCACUCCCACGCCGCAGAUCACACAGCACUCUGCUGUCCCAGUCAGUCCCACCGCCGCACACAAUAAACCCUCCACCCCCUCCACCCCCUCCCCCUCGGCCCCGGAGUCGGGACAUGCCGCCUCUCCGGCUGAAGCUCGGCCCAUUCCUUUGGAGCUCCGCAAGACACACAACAAGCCUGACACUACACACACGCCAUACAGAGCAAAGAGAGAGGAGAAACACUCUGAGGAGUUUUUCCCUCCUCCACCCCCUGCAUCUCUGGACUCUGGGGUUUCUGAAGCUCCGCCCCUUCCCCCGCCCCCUCCACUGUCCAUCUGCCCCUUGUUUGACCCCAAUCAGGAACCUCCAGCCUCCACACCCAAGGUGUGUGUGGAGAGAGCGCCACCUGCUGAUCAGAGCCAGAGGACUGCAGGAGCUCACACUGAAGAGGGGAUUACACCAGAUGUAUGUGGGUUCUGCCGUAAGCCUGUAGCUCUGAGUGAGCCGGCGAUCGAGGCUCUGAACAGGACAUACCACAGCAACUGCUUCCAAUGCCGUCAGUGUCACGCUGCUCUCGCCGGGAAGAUCUACUACAACAAGGCCGGGAUCCCUCUGUGUGAGGACUGCUACCAGGCCAGUCUGGAGCCGUGCUGGGCAUGCGGCGAGGUCAUCAAAGAUCACGUGAUCCGAGCGCUGGAACGAGCCUAUCACCCGCCCUGCUUCGUGUGCACCACCUGCAGGCAGCCAAUUGGAGAGCAGCGUUUUGCCCAGGGGGAGGUGGGGGAGGUGUACUGCCUGCACGACUACUACAGGAAAUACGCACCUCAGUGCAGUGUGUGUGGAGAGCUGAUAAUCCCGAGAGAAGACGGGACGGACAGCUUUACAGUAGAGUGUCUCGGACGAUCUUUUCAUGAGGACUGCUACCGCUGUGAGCUGUGUGCGGUGCUUCUCUCCCCGGAGCCCAACGAACACGGCUGCCACCCGCUGGACGGACAGAUCCUGUGCAAACCCUGCCAUCUGUCUCUGAUCCAGACGAGUCAGCACUGAUCCUGCCACGUGACGCUUCAUGCCAAAGCACAACUGACCCGACCCACGCCACGGGAAAAUCACUGCUGGUUUCUGUCCUUACGUCAUUCGGCGCUUAUGCUCUUGUCCAAGAACACUAGAACUCUGAUUCUUACAUGCUUACUGUGAGAGAGAAAAGCUUAACAUGGAUUAAUGUACCAAAAUACACCAGAAAGACCAAAUCUCUCUCUCUCACACACACACACACACACAAACUUAGCUGAUCAGAUACACUUACAGACAUUCAUCUGUAAAGUUCAUAGUGACUAAGAAAUACCACUUUAUUGAUCUGAACUACUGUGUAAUAAAUUCUGUCUAGUGUAGAAUCUCUUUGGGUCCUGUGACGUUUGUGCUAAUUGCUAAUUGGUUUAUUAGAUGUUUGGUAGAUGUGGUGUUUACUAGGCUAGCAUGAAACCCUUCUCUUACACACCAGCGUUUGGGACGCAGCUGAGCGUUCAGAGAUCCUUUGAGAAACGUACGAGAGCUUCAGUGCUACACGGCCGACAGAAACACGGCUGCUCUGAUUUGGAAGAACAGUUUGGCCAAAGAUGAAACGUAUCAAAUGCCCACCGAGUCCAAACACGGUCAAUCAGCCAGGAUGUGUCCGCUGUCUGAAAUGUUCCUUUUUCAUUUUGCAUUAAAGCUACAAGGCUAAUAUUCAGCAAGGGAUGCUAAUAGCUAAUUAGCAUUUGCAGUAUAGCAUGGCUGAUUAUUUAUAGAAGUAAACAGUACAGAACAAACACGUCUCAGAUGAACUGGCAGAAACAUUUCAUCUUUUGGCCAAACCUUUCCUUUUGUUCAGAAUAAAGAUUGUAUACAGAAAAACUGCAGUUCUGGGAAAACAAUGCUGGGAAAAAAAUGCUUCAUCUUUUUCUUUUCCUUUUUUUUUUUUUAAACAAUGAUUACUUCAAUGUUAGCUUAUUUUUAUAUUUAGACUCCUUGCAGUCUCUUGAUUUUCUUUCACUUUAUAGCCGAUGUAACGGCACGUAUAUCUCAAACAUAUCCUGUGUAAUCAGAUUUAUUUUGCACUCUUCGUGUAAUCCAGUGCACCAAAGAUAUUUAUUCUUCAUUAAACCAGAUUCUCGGCCUGUUUUCCGUAGCACAGAUCAUAUGAAAAUGUGUUUGUUUUUUGUUCUAAAUGAUGGGAGAAAAUAAACUGCUAUGUGCCACAUGC